GGAGGGCGAAACUCCCAUUUUAGUCCACCAGCAACACGUCACACCCAAAAAUGCUCACAUUCUCCACCACCACCACCGCAACGGUACCUAAAUUCGCCCUCUCUAACCCCUUCCUUUCUCUCUCUAAACUCCGACACAAACCCGCCUCCAAUUUCCCGCAGACCCACAGGACCAUCUCCUUCCGCACCCCCCAAAUGAACAUCCUCAACAAGCUCGGCUUCGGCCCCAAGACCGCUUACCCCAACGCCGAAUCGUCCUCUAUCGCCCAGGGCCCCGACGAUGACGUUCCGGCGCCGGGUCAGCAGUUCGCCCAGUUUGGAGCCGGGUGCUUCUGGGGUGUCGAGCUGGCGUUUCAGCGAGUACCCGGCGUGACGAAGACGGAGGUUGGGUACACCCAGGGGUUUCUGCACAACCCGAGUUACGAGGACGUGUGUACCGGCACCACCCGGCACUCGGAGGUUGUGAGAGUGCAGUACGACCCUAAAGAGUGCAACUUUGAGAGCCUGCUCGAUCUUUUCUGGUCCAGGCACGACCCCACCACGCUCAAUCGCCAGGGGGGUGAUGUUGGGACACAAUACAGAUCUGGAAUAUACUUCUAUGCACCUGACCAAGAGAAGGAAGCACGCGAAUCUCUGGAGCAACACCAGAAGAAAGUGAACCGAAAGAUUGUCACAGAGAUCCUUCCUGCCAAGAAGUUCUACCGAGCGGAGGAGUACCACCAGCAGUACCUUGCAAAAGGGGGACGUUUUGGUUUUAGGCAAUCUACUGAGAAAGGAAGCAAUGAUCCAAUCCGAUGCUACGGCUAAUCUAUUUGGUUAUGUCUCUAAAGGCAAACCGUACCCGUUAUUGUUCAUAGAUUGGUGCUUUUGCCGUAUGUUUGACAUGUAACCAGCUUCUGCGUACUUUGUUGAGUGAAGUAUGCUAUGAUCGUAUCCAUGUCAUGAACCUGGAUCGAGAAUAAUUUGUACUUUUGCGUCUGUUGCAGCAUCUGCUAUUGGAUAACUUGGAAGCGAUGAACUGCUGUCUUCACUUUUUUUGUUAAGGUUUCUGUGAAUUCGAUAUUUAGAAGCAUAGUUGCUAUUUGGGCCA